UUUCCUUGUUAAAGUAUGCUGCUUGGAUUUAUUGUUGGUGUGCUCAACAAUGGUGAUGGAUGUUCUUACACUCGAAGAUUUUUAAUUGUUUUUGUUUUUUUUCCUUCAGUUUUCUCGCGUUGCUGUUCUCCUCCAGUCCAGCUGGUGGCGGUAACGCAGCAAGCACUAGUACGCCAAAAACAAGUAAAUACAAAAAGCCAAGAAGAAGAAGAACCAAAUAAACCGGUUGUUUUACGUAAGGAUCCUUCGAAAUUCUUGCUGCGUCGUGCUAAAGUGGCUGUCAAAUUCGUAACCAACACGACGAAAGAAUGUAAGAGGACGCUGCUUGAGAGACUGCGGUGUCUCAGCUUCGACAUUGAAGAGCGAGAGAUCUUUACCUCACUGACUGCAGCUCGAAACCUGUUGGAGCUGAAGGAUGUGCGCCCCCUGUUGCUGGUGGAGGAUAGUGCACGGGAGGACUUUGCAGGUAUAGAAACCACAGAUCCUAACGCUGUUGUGAUAGGCUUAGCGCCAGACCACUUCAACUAUGAAAUGCUUAAUAAAGCUUUCAGGCUAAUUUUGGAUGGUGCCCCUCUCAUUGCCAUCCAUAAAGCCCGUUACUACAAGAGGAAAGACGGCCUGGCGCUGGGACCUGGACCGUUUGUGACGGGUCUGGAAUAUUCCACUGACACACAGGCCACUGUUGUGGGCAAACCAGAGAAAACCUUUUUCCUGGAAGCUCUGCGGGAUCUGAACUGCAGCCCUGAGGAGGCCGUAAUGAUCGGAGAUGAUGCUAGAGAUGAUGUUGGUGGAGCUCAGAACACAGGGAUGCUGGGAAUAUUAGUCAAAACGGGUAAAUACAGAGCAGGUGAUGAAGGCAAAAUAAAUCCUCCUCCUCACCUGACGUGUGAGAGUUUCCCUGAAGCUGUUAAUCACAUCCUUCAACAUCUGCUAGACACUAAAUAACUUCUGUGAUGCUGUUUAAAGGUACAUUUAAUAUGUAUAUGCAGUAUGUGUGCCCAAAACACAGUAUAGUAAUUAAUUAUGCAGCAUCAUGUUAAAAUGGUGAUGGGCUAGAAUACGGUUUAGUUAUUGUGUUGGUCUCACUUGUCCUUCUGCAUUUGUAAGUUUCACUCACUGUUAACUGAUAUUCAUCUGACGUGUAAUUCCGGUCUCAUCACAACCGUUGUUCCAAAAAAAAAAAAAAAAAACUGCCUUGAACCUUUCCUGUUACUGCAUUACACUCCAGACUCCAAGCUGAGCCAAUGUUAUAAAUAAAAACUACACUUAUUUAAAAUAUCCA